AUGAAAAAUAAAGAAAGGCACACCCCCAUGACUGAGAAGGUGAAGAAGUAUGAAAUUGCGGUGUAUUCGUAUAAAAACCAAAUACGAAAUUUAAAGAGAAGCCAACUCCACGGGACAGACGUGAACAUACAGCUCAUAAACGUCUUCAUUAACGCCAUCUGUGAUAUAGUACAGCACAUCUGCUCCGACGUGCGCACACCGGGUAAGAAACGCACAAAGAGGAUAAAACAGGGGGAAAAAAUACUACAUAUGGCCGAAUAUGAGAGCGAACAUGAGAACGAACACGAAAACGAACACGCGGACGGCUCCUCAUUUUUCCCCUCAGUCUUGGCCCUCCUCCCGUUAAUCCAUUCCAUACUGAACUCGAUCACCGUGAGGGAUAAAAAAAUAUACCGGUGCACAAAAUUGAUACAUACAGUAUUAACACAAAUAGGAGAUACACAAGUGGAGAAGGGUACUGCAGAGAGAGCCCACGAGGAUGAAGCGGCUGCUUCGGCAGCGGCGGAGACAAAGGAUGAAAUCCUUCCUCACAAGUUAGAAGACCUAGAGUGGAUAGCUUCCGAAACGGAUGAUAAGGGAUGGCUAGCCAUUGCUGACAGAUGGGAAUUAUGCAAGAGGGAUUUAAAAUGGUUGUGUGUGAAGACAAACAACCGAUCAUGGUUACUGUACCAACACCUCUGGGAACAAUGCUCCAAUGAUCUGAAAUACGUAUCUGUACUAUUUGAUGAUAAGAAAUGGAUACAUUUGCAUAAUGUCUGGAGAUUUAUUCCCCUCAGUUUGAAAUUAAGGGCUAUCUCGUCGAAGGACCCAAGUGUUUGCAAGCCGUCUUUAACUGAAAUGAUCCUAAAGGAUGAUGAUAUUUAUCGGGACAAUACAUUACCGCUAAGUUCGCACUUGUUGAGUAAGCCGAAUGUGUGGAGUGGUCCCCAUCUGGCGGGUGAGCUCUCAGCGAAGUGCCUCCCACGCAGCCCGAUGAGGAUAUACUCCCAUAGGAAUAUCACUCAUUUGUACGCAAGUGAUCCCCUGGAGAGGAAAGAAAAUAAAAAAUUGUUAUUACUUCGUACUGAAGUUGAAGAAGAGGAGAAUUUCCUAACGGGGUCAUUCCGAAAUGGAGUGCCUAGCAUGGAGAAGGGAACCCUUAAAGGAGGUGUCUACAAAGGUGAAAAAAUGUUGGGAUCCUCCCCUCCUGACCGUAUUAAAAAGGAGAGCAACUUUGUAGGGAGAAUGCUUUACUCGGAUAAUUCAGGACGGGGGAGAGUAACUCCUGGGCCACGUCCCGCUGUAACUCCCCCUUCGAAAGGGGAAGGUUUGAAGCUCUUUUCAACGGGAAGAGGUGUCAUCAGAACAUUGACACCGCAAAACAGGCACGAAGAGGAAGGAAAUAAUGUAUUCGUCCCUUGUGCUGAAAAAGAGGCCACUCCAGUUGGCAGCUUGGAUAGGAGUAAAUACUCCAAUGAAACCCAUGUGAAGGGAAUUUCAAACAAAAGGGAAGCCCAGACAGAUGUUUCUAAAAAGGGAUUCACUCAGAAAGUUACUCCAAGGGAUGCUAGACAGAAUGGCAUCCAUACAGUUAAGAGUUAUGAAGAGGAGCUAGCCAAAAGACAGGAGAGUAAAAAUAUCAUGAGGGGUAAGAAGUUUCUGUUAAAGGUGCCAAACGGGGGAUCACCAGCGGGAAAUCAACAAAAACAAAAUUGCUAUUAUAAAGGUAUCGAGAUGAGUGCCAAGGCAACGGAAGAGAGAAGUGGCUUCCCCGUUGAACGCCACAUUUUAAAAGAAGGAAACAACCGAUCUGGGGUGGAAGGUACGGAUGAAUUAAACCCCUUAGGGGAGACUACUCUACUAAGUUCCAAAGCAGGCGUAGUUCUUAGACUCGUUCCACCCCCUCAGAAAGGAAAAAUUGUACCAAAAGGGAAAGGACCCAAGUUAGGGGCAUAUACUACUCCCAUUUUGAAGCAUCCACCUAAUGGGGAAGGCUCAGAAGGUAGCCCUAGUUUGUCCGUACAGAAUGGAAAAGUGAAGACCUCAAAUGGACGGUUGGAGGGGGUCCCCUCGAAGGUGAAGAAUGUGCCAAAGAAAAUGCCGCCCCCCCUUAGAGGCGGAUUAAAAAGCCUUCUAAAAAUAAAAGAACCAAAUGGGAAGAAUAUUUCUGAUUUGUUAAAGAGAAAAGGUUCCAAGGAAAGUCCAUUGGAUUUAAAAAAAAGCGGCAGCAUUGUGCACUUAGACGAGGUGGUCAUCGCUACUUCGAGUGAAGAUGGUGGCAGAGAAGAGGAGAUCGAAGCGAGCCUGUCACAGCGGGAGGAGAGUCACAAGAAGGCGUCCAAGGGGAGCUCCGGUACGUAUUUCUCUGACCUAUUUAAUGCAUUUAAUUUCACGAGAAACAUGAAGUUAGGAAGGCAAUCGAGCCACAGUGCUGACACGGAGAGGCAGGAACGGAGCAGUGAAUUUGAUACCUCGGAGGAAGAGAAAAGUUCGGAGCCCAGCGACGAUUCGGGUGCGAAACGGGAACAGGAUAGUGAUGAAGUAGCUGGAGACUUGGAAGGGAAAGCCUUUCCAGGUGUAGGCCAAGAGGAGGGGGAAAUGGCAAGACGGGGAGAUGGCGAUAAGGGAAGCACGGACGGAAGUGCGCAUGGAAGCGUGGAUGGCAACACAGAUGGCAACGUAGAUGGCAGCACGAAAUGGGGUGCCCAUCCCAUGGGGAGGAGCUUAAAGGGGUAUUCAAUGAAGGGGGACUUCCUGCAGAUUAAGAAGUCGGUAUCGAGUGCUGGGGUACCAGGCGAUGUGGCCGUCCCGUUUCAGGGCGACCCACUCACCAGAACGAUGGGACACCUGGAACAAAACAACGCAAAGGGGUUCUACCCCAUUUUGGAAAAACCCAUGGAGAAGUUCCCCCCACGAAAGAGUAGCGGCAUUUUGCAAAAGGUCCUCGACGCCGACUUGGCUCAUCUGAAUUAUUCAAGCAAAAGAAUGACUGCAGACGAAAUUGCAAAACAUAAGAAUGCAUCGCUCCAUAUAACUGUGAAGAGGAAGGUGUCUUUUUCCUCGUUAAAAAUGAAAACAGUGCCGAAGCGGUGA